AUGGUCGCCCAUAUUGUUGAUAAAUAUGGCAAUGCCAUUCAAGAAGGAGAUUACGUCUUCACCAAGAUUCGUGGCGGAUCCCACGAAGGCAAGGUACAAGAAAUUGUUACAGACGAGCAACGGGCGGAAGAGAAAUCAGUGAAGCAUCCUCCCAAGGUAUUGCUAUACAACAAAGAUGGUAGGAUGGUUGCACAUAACUCAGGUACACUAGAGAUACGAAACGGCUCUACUUGA